AUGCUUCCGCCGUGGCUCGAGCGCACCUUCCUCCGCGGCCUCGCGGCCGCCUGGGGCUGCGCGCUCGAGGCGGAGACGCUGCGCGUCGUGAAAUGGGAAAACAGGACCGUGGAGCUCGCGGCCACGAAGGUGCGGUGGACGUCGCGGACGGGCCGCGACACGGCGUCCUGCGAUGCCUGCGCCAUCACCGUGAGCUACGCGUCCUUCUUCUUCCGCGUGCCGGCGUCCGUCAAGGUCGCCGUCGACGGCGACGUCGAGGGCGCGUGCGGCUGGGCGACGCUCGAGCGCUUCUCCCGCGACGGCCGGGGCGCCGGCGCGCCGCGGCUGGAGGUGGCCUGCGGCGGCGCGCGCGUCGCCGUCGGCGACGGGCCCGACGCCUGCGCCGUGCGCUGCCGCGGCGUCGCCGUCGAGGCCCGCGAGGAGGACGCGCGCGUGACGCUCGACGUCGCCUGCGUCGGGAGCCUCGACGGCGGGCACCACUACUGCGAGGUCCGCGACUUCGACUGCGCGUACCGGUCCGCGGAGACCGUCGCGGAGCGCGCGGCGCUGGACGCGACGGUCCGCGGCAUGGCCAAGCCCGAGGUCGUCGCGACGUGCGGCGACGCCGGCGUCGUGUGCUCCGCGGCGGGCCUCGCGACGGCCGUCGCCGUGUCGGACCGCUUCUCGCGGGACGACGGCUACGGCGUCUUCAAGGCCGGGAGGCUCGCCGUCCGCGUCGACGGGAGCUGGGGCGCUUUGACGGAAGACGUCUCCUGCGACGGCGGCGUCGAGAUCAUGGCGCUCUCCGACGACGUCUGGCCCCGGUGGAAGCUCGAGGUCGCCGCGCCGUCGAUCCGCACGGGCCGCGGCGACGAGAACCUCGACGUCGGCCUCACGGCGCGCGCGUCUUGGCUCAAGGCCCCGGGCUGGGCGCUCGCGAAGGCGCGGGGCCACGCGGGGCGGCUGCCCGGCGACGACAUGUCGGACUCGACGGCGCGGCGGCCGGAGACGCCCGCGGGGUGGAUCCACCCGAACGCGGGGGCCCAGCCGAUCGUCGACGGCGGCCCGUGCUUCCGGCUCGACGUCACGGUCUCCGGCGACCGCCUCGCGGCCGCGGCGCCGCUGGGUCUGCUCGACCGCCUCUGGGACGCGGACCCGCUGCCCUGCCCGUCCUACGACGCGACGCUGCGCGUCGAGCGCCUCGACGCGGGCGGCGCGACCGCGGACAUGGCGACGGCGACGGCGCGGCGGUCGUCGACGGCGGGCCCCGCGGAGCUCGAUUUGGUCGCGCUCGAGGCCGCGGCGGGCGACGGGUCCUGGGCCUUCCGGGAGCGCGGCGACCGGCCGGGGUUCGCCUUUCGCGCGUCGUCCAAGGCGCCGCGCGCCGCGGAGUGCCGCUGCGGCGCCGCGACGGUCCGGUGGCCCGACGUCGGCGCGCCGCCGGGGCUCGACGUCGUCCUCUCGCUCGCGCGGCUGACCCUCGAGGCGCCGGGCGGCCUGGUCGUCGAUUUGGACGACUGCGGCGUCGACGCGCGCCGCGACGGCGCGGGCCAAAUCGCCGCGGCCAAGGCCGCGGCGUCCGUCGGCGGCGCGCCCGUCGCGGCCGCGCGCGGGCUCGUGCUCGAGACGCAGACGCUCGCGGGCGGCGCCGUCGCCCGGAGCCGCGCGGCCGCCGACGGCGUCGACGUCGAGUGCGACGACGCCGCGGCCCUCGGCGCGGCCGCGGCCGCGGUCGCGGCGGCCGCGGCGGCCUACGCGCCCCCGCCGGAGCGGCGCGCGUCGGCGCUCCAGGCGCGGGCGAACGCGGCGACGCUCCGCUGCGGUGGCGCGGACGUGCUCCGGGGCGCGGGCCUAUCGGCCGAGGUCAAGGCCGUCGACGGCAAGGUCGACGCGAGCCUCGUCGGCCUCUUCGCGGCGGCGACGGCCGCUUCGGCGUCGGCGGCCGUCGGCGCGCCGCCCGGCGGCCCGCCGCCGGAGGGGCCGACGACGCUCGCGACCCUGUCCGGCGGCGAGGCGACGCGCCACCCGGACCUCGCCGCGCUGCCCUGGGACGACGACGCCGCGCUCGCCGGCGCCUCGCGCCUCUUCGACGCCGCGCUCGGAGCCUUCGCGCGGCCCGCGGCGGCGUCGGUUGAGGGCACCCGCCGGUCGUCCCCAGCAGUGUCCGUCCCAGCGAUGCUGCGACGUGCUCUUCUGUUGCUCGCGGCGCUCGCCGCGCCGGCGCACGGCCUGGCCAAGGGCGGCGGCUUCGCGACGAAGGCGAAGCCGAAGAAGGAGAAGAAGCCCAAGGCCGCCGCGCCGCCGCCGCCGCUGCCCGCGGGCAUGGGCGACGUCGCCGUCGAGCGCACGUCCAUCGUCGCCGACGGCGCGCCGGCGCCCCAGUUCGUCGGGAGCUUCCUCAUGGCGGACGAGGACGUCGUCGACGGCGUCGUCGAGCUGUUCCGAUCGCGGCCGCAGCUCCGGGGCCAGGUGAGCAGCGCGAGCGGCGGCGCGCCCGUCGUCGACACGAGCGUCAAGGACUCGCUGGAGAUGAGCGUGCCCCCCAACGACCCGUCCGUCGCCUGGCGGCGCUACCUCCUCGCGCUGAAGCAGUGCGCGGCCAUGUACGUCGAGGACUACCCCUACGCGGGCGCCUACGGCCCCUGGUCCCUGACGAGCCGGACGAACAUCCAGCUCUACCCGCCGAGCGGCGGCUACAAGACCUACCACACGGAGCGCACGGGCAAGGGCGAACCGGAGGGGUCGCGGCACCUCGUCUUCAUGACGUACCUCAACGACGUCCACGACGCGGGCGGCACGGAGUUCUUCCACCAGGACCUCAUCGUCCAGCCGAAGAAGGGCCUCACGCUCAUCUGGCCCUCGGACUGGACCUUCACGCACCGCGGCGUCGCGAGCCCCACGGAGGAGAAGAUGAUCACCACGGGCUGGUUCAACUUCCAAUAG